ACCGGAAAGAGUUCUACUGUGACAUUGCGGUUCAGUGAAUAUUACACGUGAGCGCAGAUCCUCCUUUGAUUCCUUCAUAUAUUGUACAGGACUAUCACAGUAAACGGUAUCGAAUUGUCGAGGCUCACGGAACGCCGAUAUGGCCGCGUCAUCCGCACCGACGGGACCGGCCGGCCAGAGUUCUCCCCACUUUCAAGGGUUCCCGUUCGCUGUGAACGGCACCGGUCCCAUGGAAGGUUCCGAGAGCGUCCAGGGGCAAAGCGGAGAUGGGAAGAAGAAGCCAUGCAGGGCUUGUACCGACUUUAAAUCAUGGAUGAAGCUCCAGAAAAAGCAGACCUCGAGUGCUUCUCAGGAAUCCACAUCGGAAACAAAACUGGAGUCACAGUGUCCUCUGGACCGUGAAGAGUUGGGCAGAAACACAUGGUCCUUCCUUCACACGAUGGCUGCAUAUUACCCCGACAAACCAUCCACCACUCAGCAGCAAGAGAUGGGACAGUUCAUUAGCCUGUUCUCCAAAUUCUUCCCGUGUGAUGAGUGUGCAGAGGAUCUGAGGAGCAGGUUAAAGACCAACCAGCCAGACACAAGCAGCCGUCACGCUCUCUCUCAGUGGUUCUGUCGGCUUCACAACAACAUCAACAAGCGUCUGGGAAAACCAGAGUUUGACUGCUCACUUGUGGAUGAAAGGUGGAGGGAUGGGUGGAAGGACGGGUCCUGUGAUUGACCAAAGUGAACAAGAACACUUGACUGAUUUCCUUCUAUAAUCAUGUGUUUCCAAUUUUAACUAAAAGAGAAACUGAUUUAUAUGUGUCAUGUUUGUAAUAAAUGGAAUGUGGUUAUCAACUCUCUGGCUUAAAAAUAUAAGUGGACGUGGACGUUUUGUGACCUCUGGU